CGCCGGGGCUUCCCGCUGAGCCCGCAGCCGCCGCGCUCGGCCGAGAAAGUGCGGGCUCCGGGGCCGCGGCCGGCGCGCCCGGAGCGGUGCGGGGCGCAGGGCGCGGCGCGGGGCGCACGGCGCGCGGGCUGCAGGCGUGCAGGAAUUUGUCAAAUAGAAACGGAUUGCAGCUUCAGUUAAACAGCAUCACAGGGUGGAAUUUUUAAUGCAUAGAGUCAGUUUGUCAUGUUUCCAUAAGUAAAAGAUGGCCAUGCUCCCAUAGAAUAGCAAAACUCUAGUGUUGUGACUGGCAUAUGUCUUAAAGUGUAUCAACCAGCUCUGAACAUACAGUCACCAGAAAGCAGAGAAUGAAGACAAACACAGAGAUGGUGUGUCUGCGAAAUUUCAAAAGGUGUAGGCCUCCUGAUUGAAGCGCAACAAAGUCACUGGAUUCUUUUCUUUUAUUAUUAUAUUUCUGUACUCUCGCAAGGGAAAGUCAUGAUUACACUAACAGAGCUAAAAUGUUUAGCAGAUGCCCAGUUAUCUUAUCACAUCCUCAAGCCAUGGUGGGAUGUCUUCUGGUAUUACAUCACCCUCAUCAUGCUGCUGGUGGCCGUGCUGGCGGGCGCACUCCAGCUCACCCAGAGCAGGGUCCUCUGCUGUCUCCCCUGCAAGGUGGAAUUCGACAAUCACUGCGCCGUGCCUUGGGACAUCCUGAAAGCCAGCAUGAACGCCUCCGCUGAGCCUGAGACGCCGCUCCCACUGCCUCUCAGAAUCCAGAACGACCUCCACCGACAGCAGUACUCCUACAUUGAUGCCGUCUGCUACGAGAAGCAGCUCCACUGGUUCGCCAAGUUUUUCCCCUACCUGGUGCUCUUGCACACGCUCAUCUUUGCAGCCUGCAGCAACUUUUGGCUUCACUACCCCAGCACGAGUUCCAGGCUGGAGCAUUUUGUGACCAUCCUUCACAAGUGCUUCGAUUCUCCGUGGACCACCCGCGCUCUGUCGGAAACGGUGGCCGAGCAGUCAGUGAGGUGCCUGACGCUCUCCAAAUCCAAGGUGUUGCUUUCGGCUUCCGGGUGUUCUGCGGAGGUCGACUCCAGCAAGCAGUCGCUACCCUACCCGCAGGCUGGCUUGGAAUCAGGUGGCAUAGAAAGCUCAAAUUCCAGUGUCCUGGACAAGAAGGAGGGGGAGCAGGCCAAAGCCAUCUUUGAAAAGGUGAAAAGGUUCCGCCUGCAUGUGGAGCAGAAGGACAUCAUUUACAGAGUGUAUCUAAAGCAGAUCAUAGUCAAAGUCAUUUUGUUUGUCCUCAUCAUAACUUACGUUCCAUAUUUUCUAACCUACAUCACUCUUGAAAUAGACUGUUCCGUGGACGUGCAGGCUUUUACAGGAUAUAAGCGCUACCAGUGUGUCUACUCCUUGGCCGAAAUAUUUAAGGUCCUGGCUUCAUUUUACGUCAUUUUGGUUAUACUUUAUGGUCUCACCUCAUCCUACAGCUUGUGGUGGAUGUUGAGGAGUUCUCUGAAGCAAUAUUCCUUUGAGGCGCUGAGAGAAAAAAGCAACUACAGUGACAUCCCAGAUGUCAAGAAUGACUUUGCCUUCAUCCUCCAUCUGGCUGAUCAGUAUGAUCCUCUUUAUUCCAAACGCUUCUCCAUAUUCCUGUCAGAGGUCAGUGAGAACAAACUGAAGCAGAUCAACCUCAAUAACGAGUGGACGGUGGAGAAACUGAAGAGUAAGCUCGUGAAGAAUGCCCAGGACAAGGUGGAAUUGCAUCUUUUUAUGCUAAAUGGUCUUCCAGACAAUAUCUUCGAGCUAACAGAGAUUGAAGUGCUCAGCCUGGAGCUGAUCCCUGAGGUGAAGCUGCCCUCCUCAGUCUCGCAGCUGGUCAACCUCAAGGAGCUCCACCUGUCCCAUUCCUCUCUGGUGAUCGACCAUCCUGCGCUGGCCUUUCUGGAGGAGAAUUUAAGAAUCCUCCGCCUGAAAUUCACUGAAAUGGGGAAAAUCCCACGCUGGGUGUUUCACCUUCGGAAUCUCAAGGAACUCUAUCUGUCAGGCUGUGUGCUCCCUGAACAGAUAGGUACCAUGCAGUUGGAGGGUUUUCAGGACUUAAAAAAUCUGAGGACCCUCUACCUGAAGAGCAGCCUAUCCCGGAUCCCACAGGUCGUUACCGACCUCCUACCUUCACUGCAGAAGCUGUCCCUCGAUAAUGAGGGAAGCAAACUGGUCGUGUUGAACAACUUGAAGAAGAUGGUUAAUCUGAAAAGCCUAGAGCUAAUCAGUUGUGACCUGGAACGCAUUCCACACUCCAUUUUUAGCCUGAACAACUUGCAUGAGUUAGACCUCAAAGAAAAUAACCUUAAAACUGUGGAAGAGAUCAUUAGCUUUCAGCAUCUCCAGAAUCUUUCCUGCUUGAAGUUGUGGCACAAUAACAUUGCUUAUAUUCCUGCCCAGAUCGGGGCACUAGCUAAUCUAGAGCAGCUCUCCUUGGACCAUAACAAUAUUGAGAACCUGCCCCUGCAGCUUUUCCUAUGCACCAAACUACAUUAUUUGGAUCUGAGCUAUAACCACCUGACCUUCAUUCCAGAAGAAAUCCAGUAUCUGAGUAACUUGCAGUACUUUGCUGUGACCAACAAUAAUAUUGAGAUGCUUCCAGAUGGGCUGUUUCAGUGCAAAAAGCUGCAGUGUUUACUUUUGGGGAAAAAUAGCCUGAUGAGUUUGUCUCCUCAUGUGGGUGAACUGUCCAAUCUUACUCAUCUGGAGCUCAUUGGUAAUUAUCUGGAAACACUUCCUCCUGAACUGGAAGGAUGUCAGUCCCUAAAGCGGAACUGUCUGAUUGUCGAGGAAAGUUUGCUCGCUACUCUUCCCCUCCCUGUAACAGAACGUCUGCAGACCUGCUUAGACAAAUGCUGACCUAAAAGAAAAUGAACUUAAAAGUAUGCCCCAGGGCUUUAAAUGAGAAUCCGAAUUUCUCAAGUGAAGAAGAUGAAAACUAGAUAAUAAUCAUCAUUAACCACAGCGAAUGUCUUAUUAAAGCAUCAGUGUCUAGCCUGAAAUUAAGCAGGUAAAAAAUGUUAACACUGAACCGAAGUUUUGUGAAUUAUUGAUCUUUAACUUAUUGAGAUGUAAGAAGUCCACUUUAAGGAUGAAGGGGGGAGAGCUCAUGAAAUUAUUAAAUCUAUUCUAUAGGCUUUUACUUUAAAGAAUAUAUUUUCUUUCCUUUCCCUUUCUCAUGCCCCCUUAAUUGUAUGCCUGUUUUAAAGACUUCCUGUUUUGAUAUUUAUCACCAUGACCAUAAAUUUAUCAAUGUCAUUUCCUUUGUGUAUCUGCAGCACUGUAUUUGAUUUAUGUUCAUAAGUAUUUUUUGGCAGGGUCACUGUGCUUAGCAGAAUUCCUUCUUGGCUUAAUUUUUGCUUCCUUCCCCCAUUUUCUUGAGUCUUCCUUGAUCAAGUUUCUUUUAACAUGGUGAACCAUGAGAAAGUGCCUGCCUUUGGCCUUUGCAGAGAACAGAAACAGGCUACUUAAGGCAUGUCACCAGGGCUGGAGCGAUAGCACAGCAGGUAGGGCAUUUGCCUUGCAUGCGACCAACCCAGAUUUGAUUCCCAGCAUCCCAUAUGGUCCCCCAAGCACUGCCAGGAGUAAUUCCUGAGUGCAGAGCCAGAAGUAACCCCUGUGCAUCAGUGGGUGUGACCCUAAAAGAAAAAUAGAAAGGCAUGUCACCUUGGAGGUAUCCUGAAAGUUGAUGAGAUCUCUAAACAUCAUCUUGUGUGUCAUCUUUUAUUUGCUAAUAAGUUUUAUGAUCAAUGAAAGAUAUAACAUUGCAUAAUUAGGCCUAAAAUCUAUGAGAAUAAAUUUUUUAUUAGCUACAGCAAACUUAAGAAUUUACAAUUCUUAUAUUUGAUUUGCUUAUAAUUCUCAUUUUUGUGCACAUUUUCUUCCAAAAUGUUUUUAUGCCCUGCAACUAUUUACUGUAGGAUGACAACACUUUUAUGUUUCCUGCUCUACACUAUAUGGGGCUUUUCCUUGUGGGAAGGUAGUAGCAAUAUUGCCCUUGCUUCUUUUCUGAUUGCUGUCCUGUUGUGCAGAUACAAUACAUAAUUCAAAAACUGUGAUCGCAGGGAAAGGGAUAGAUUUGAAUUUAUAGCACUUAUUGUCAGAUGGUUUGUAGAAAUUUAGUGAGAGUUAAAGCAAAGUUCUUUUUUUUCUCCAUCUGCAUGAUCUCUAGAUAUGAUUCUAAUGCUAAGCACUCAGCCUCUAUUCAGAGCUUAAGAUGAGUCCUCAAAACGCACAAAGACAUUGAUCCACUUAACUGAAAUUCAUCUCAUGGCUUUGUCUAGCUUUUCUGGAACACAUUUUCCUCCAUUUUAUAAAGAGCUUUGUGUUUGGCCUUUUAUUAUGCAUAUUAUAAAAUGAGAAAAAUGAACUCAUUUGGGGGAAAUGUACAUUUUUAAUGUGUUUUUCCUCAAAUGGGCCUAGGCAUUGUGAUGCCAUCUCAUUUGGGAUAUGAUGGCGUCGUCUAGUAACUGUUCCUAAGCAAACUGGAAAAUAUGACAAGACUGCCGUAAACAUUCAAUGAUGGUAUACAGUAUAUUUUUUCCCUUGCUUUGCUUGCUCCAGAAUGGUAAAAAUGAAUCUUUAAAUGAUUGCAAAUGUUACUUCUCUCAUACCCUUGGAUUCAAGCUCAGAGAAAAGGAAGUGCUCAAGUCAAGUGAAAUUUGAGUAAUAUGUAAACAAAACGAAACACCAAAAACCUCCUGACACAUUAUUGUUGGUUCUGAAUGAAAAGGAAGAGUGUGAAAAUUAACUCUUACCAAAACCUGCCUUUAGUCAGUAACACUCAAGUUCUCAGGGACCCAGGUAUAUCUGAGGAAAUGUUCUUCUAGGAUUUCAGAAAACAGAUUCUGACUAUAUCUAGGUUUUAUUUUAUGUUAUUUCAUUUUUAAAUGUGAGUAUAAUGGUCAUCUUAAUGUUUCACAAUAGAACUUCCAUGUGUACUUCAAAAAGAAGAAAUGCAAUAUGUGGAGUGGUGUUUAAAUGUUUUUGGAUCAUAAUUAGCCAUAAUUUGUACCAAAAAAUCUACCUUCUAUAAAGGAAAGUUUUCCAGACAAUUUUUAGAUUUGCUAUCAGUUCCCUGACAAACAGUGACUCCUUAGCUGAGAAUCACUUUUUCCCUUUACCCUAUAAAAGUUAUUGGUUAAAUCUCUUUAUUAAAUCUGAAUUUCUGAAAGCAAUUUACUAUCAGGAUCAACAAUUAAUAUUAUAAGCUGCUUUCCAGACACUAGGGUAAUCUUACUGGUGCAAACAGUUGUUCUCAGUGUCAUAGUUUUAGAUUUCCUUACCCUACCAAUAUACACAUACUAGUAUGUAGGUAGUGUAUGAAGUGCUAUGAGUACUGGUGCAGUGAACUCUGAGAGCUUGGCUUCACAUGGAAAAUGUGUUAGUUAGCGCUACCUUUAUGGCAUUGUUGGAACAGAUCUUCAUUGUGUAUCUGAAACAACAAAUGGGGGAAACCUGUUCAAUUAUAUCUACAGGACUUUAUUUGGAAUUUGAUUUUGAAGAAUGUGUAAUGCAUUAUCCAAAAAUGUAGCUGUUUUCAAAACAAUGUUGAUGGGUUAUGCUAGCAUGUUAUUUUUUCAUUUUAUUUACCUGUUAGUACACACACACACACACACACACACACACAUCUACACAGAGAUCAUAAUUCCUAAGUAUGAAAAAAUAUAACUGACUAGCUUUUAAUAGUUUCCUAUUUUUCCAAAGUGGCAAGAGGUUGUAGAUUAAUGAUAAUAUUAUUUUUAUUCAUAAUUAUACUCACAGAGUAUUCCAUUUUCUUAGUUAUAAUAAUUAAAAGAAAACGGAAUGCUUAACCUCAGCCUGAGAGCCUGGGUGUUUUUGAGCAUUCCUGUUGAGGGGUAGUAUUUUUCCUCUGUCCUCAGGGACACACACAUACUUGGUUUCUUCAUUAUCCCCCAACCCAAUGUUACCAUACUUCGCUGUCACUUAACAAGUGUUUGUGUUAAACAGGGUAAAUAAAGAUCCUCAGACCUCACCGCCGUGUCAUAGCUUGAUAUGUGUGCUGUGGUGAAGCUGCAGUGAUUUGCAUUAACAUUAUUGUUUGGUAGUGAAAAUGUUGGUUUCUGUUAUUCAGGUGUUUCACAGUGCAAAUUUUGUAUGUCUAAUUAAAACGUUGCAUAAUACUGAUGGGUUCAAAGCCAUUAAAACAAUCAAACAAA